CCGGCCAUCUGCCAUUCCACUAGCUUGGGGGCAACGCAACAGGACGGGACAGCGAGGCCCAUAGGCAAAGCAGUGGAGACACCCUCGCAAUGGGGAACAGUAAGAGCGGGGCCCUGUCCAAGGAGAUCCUCGAAGACCUGAAGCUGAACACAAAAUAUACGGAGGACGAGUUGUGCAAAUGGUACGAGAGCUUCCAGAAGCAGUGCCCUGACGGACGCAUCUCCCGGUCCGAGUUUGAGAAGAUCUACAGCAACUUCUUCCCCAACUCCGACCCCAAAGUGUACGCCAGGCACGUCUUCCGGAGUUUCGAUACCAACGAUGACGGGACCCUAGAUUUCCGGGAGUACAUAAUUGCCCUCCACCUCACGUCAUCUGGGAAGACUGACCUCAAGCUCGAGUGGGCCUUCUCGCUCUUUGACGUCGACCGCAACGGAGAGAUCAGUAAGAAUGAGGUUCUUGAGAUCAUCUCGGCGAUAUUUAAGAUGAUCCCCCCAGAAGAGCAGAAGAAUCUGCCCGAUGAUGAAAACACCCCUCAGAAAAGAGCCGACAAGCUAUGGACAUAUUUCAACAAAGGAGACGCUGAUAAAAUUGCCGAACAGGAAUUUAUUUCAGGGGUGAUGAAAAAUGACGCCAUAAUGAAGCUCAUCCAAUACGAGCCCAAGAAAAAAUAGGGCCCGCGGAAGAGAAAAGCGGGGAACUAGAGAAAACGGCUGCAUGUUGGAAAAAAGGGGGGGGGGAACGCUGACACCCCAACCAUCUGUGUAUGCGUGUGCAUGACUGUAAGUGUGCAAAUUAAAAAAAAAAGCAAACCACAAGUACGAUAAAAAACAAAUCGUGUGCCUCUCUCUGCAAGCCCCACUGUGCGCACCGUGUUUGCAAGUAGCUCCCCCUCCAAUCCUUUCUUUAAAAAACAAAAACAAAAAACUUUUCCAGGAUUUUCCAGCAGGC